GACGUUUUGGCUCGUGCGUGAUCAUCAGCGCAGAAUGAUUGGCAUCAUCAGCAGAAACUGCUUUUACCGCCAAAACGAUCUAGUUGCUAUCGUUAGAAAGUGCGGAUUUUUGGGCGUAUCAAGUUCUAAGUUAAUAAAUAGUUCUCCCAAUAUGUCUAUAAUUCAAAAAAGAGGAGCCCUAAUAGUUUUGGAAGGCUGCGACCGUGCGGGCAAAACUACGCAAUGCAAAAGGAUCGUGGAAUCCCUCAACAGCGCCGGACACAAAGCCAAAUUCAUGAACUUCCCGGACAGGUCAACGCAGUUUGGGGCCUUGAUUAAUUCCUACCUGACCAGCAAGGACAAUUUUACCGACGAGGGAAUUCAUCUGCUUUUCACACUGAACCGAUGGGAGGCCAAAAACGAAAUGGAACGUCUGCUGCGGAGUGGCGUCACGUUGAUCGUAGAUCGAUACUCCUAUUCCGGAGUGGCAUUCAGUGCGGCCAAGGGAUUGAACAUGGACUGGUGCAAAGCGCCGGAAACCGGUCUGCCAAAGCCGGAUCUUGUUCUGCUACUCACGUUGACGGCGGAAGCGAUGGCCAAACGCGGAGGAUUUGGCCAAGAGCGAUACGAAGUUCCAGAACUGCAGAAAAAGGUGAUGGAGAAAUUUCAAACCCUGAAGGACGAUAGCUACUGGAAGGUGGUGGAUGCGGAUAAGAAAGAAGACGCGCUAUCUUUGGAGCUUUGCGAGAUGGUUUUGGACUCGAUGGAAUCGUGCAGCGAUAAGCCAUUGGGAAAGCUUUGGUAACAUUGGUUAACUAGUUCAAUUUAAAUCUCUACCAUGAUGAAUAUGAUUCCGGUAUUUACCUACAUUAAGGAUAGAUAAGUUAAAACAAGAAAGAAUAUAUUUUGACAUACAUUUUCUA